AUCUCUUUUAAUACCCUUCUUGUCUCUUGCUACAGUCCCCUAAUCUAUAGAUACACAAAUCUGUAUGUAUAGUUGUAUACCUACAGGUACACACUUCUGCGCGUAUUGCUGUGUUCACUGCAACACAAUCCCCAAAACUUCUCAGCUUUUGUGAAGAAAAGCCAAAAUCACAGGUUUUCUAGAGAGAGAUAGAGUUUUGAGAAUGGAGGUGGAAAUGGAGGAUGAUAGUAGUAGUGGUAAUGUCGCUGUGGAGUUUACGUUUACGGCUGUGGAAAUCGAUCUCGAUUACGAGUUUGAAGCUGCGCGGUUCUUUGAUUUUACAAGGGAGGAGUCGACGGUAGAAGCUCGUGAAGCUGAAAUGUGGUUUGAGUCCGUUGAAAGCUAUCCGCCUUCGCCAUUUGCAGUUAGAUUAAUUUCAAGAGAGCAAAAUGAAAAUGCCAACAUUCAUACAGAAUCAAAAGGUUUUAACACAAAUCAGUUGGAUAAUGUCUCUAAUGUUGUAAGAGCACAAGAGGGUUCUUCAAUGGCUUUGACCAAGACCAACACAGAUGGUGAUGUGGCGAAUGGGGGAGUUUCUUUGGACUUAAAAAGUUACUGUCUACAAACCUUCCAGAAGCAACAGCCUAGAAGAAAUGAUAAUUAUAAAUCUAAGAUAAAAUCAAAUUUGAAACCAAGUUUUCCAAGAACCUCAACUUUAAUGAAACCUACUGCAAGUCAAUUAGCUAAACAAAAUCAAGAACGUUUAAUGGAUCAUUCCAGGGUUCAAAAAUCGGGUAACAAUUCUAUAAAUGUAGAAGGUCAAGCAGCCAAAAGACAAAAGCUCGAGGGAGGCCUCUUGUGUAAGGUCACUGACACAAAGCAACAAGCUAAUUUUAUCCACAAGGCACCAAAAAAGGAAGGUGGCAUGGAUAGUAAGUUGCAUAUUACUGUUCCUAGACCACCUGAUCUUGCAACAGCUCAAAGGGCACAAAGGUCACAAAGGAUAAGGCAAAAGGGCGAUACUGGAAACGAAAAUGUGGCUUCAAGAGCUCAUGGGUUUAGAGCCCUUCCACUCAAUAGAAAAAUUUUUGAGACACCUUCAUUGUUACAACAAAAAAGAAGCACUCCUCAGUUACCAGAAUUUCAAGAAUUUCACUUGAAGACAACAGAGAGAGCUGCACAAAACACUGCUGCAGUUCCAUCAACUUCAUCAUACUGCAACAACUUAAAGGUACCACAGAAGCCUAGAUUUUCCUUUGCGACAGAAAGUAAACAAGAAGAUUGUGAAACAAUUUCCAGAUUUAAAGCAUUACCUCUCAACAAAAAAAUAUUUUCAAGUAAAGGAGAUCUAGGAGUUUUUAGAAGUAGCAAGAGGGAGACAACAGUAGCUAUGGUAGCAUUUAAUUUUCAAACUGAAAAAAGAGCUCAAAAUGCCCCACCAAUCGAUCUCUUUAACAAGCUCACAUUGGAUUCUGGUUCUGAAUUGAAUAGGCCUAGGCCUAGGGCUAGACAUCAGUCUAUUUUUAUGAAGGGUUCAAAAGAAAACAGAGUAUGCUCCUUUCAACAGCAAAGUGAGAUAGUAAACCACAAAAUGACAUCAUCAAAACAAGUUCAUUUUGACAGCAAUUCAGCCAUCACUGAAGGCAUUACUCCAUUUUCAACAAUUAGCAGAAAUUUGGGGAUUCGUUAACAUGAGGAUUGAUGAUCAAAAACCAACCAUGUCAUUGAUGGAAGAAGAAAGAUUAUGAUCGCGUGUUAAUAAAAUGUAAGAAAAACCAAAGAUGUACAGCUUUUGUUGGUUUCUUUCUAGUUUAAAAAAAUAUAAAAAAUGAUUUGAGAGCAUAUUUGUCUCAAAAAAGAAAGAAAAAUAAAGUGGAAUUAACUUUGCAUUCAGACAAAA